UGAAAAUAAGGGAUAAUUUAGUGUUGUUGUUGUUGUUGUUUUUUUUUUUUUUUUUUUUUUUCCAAUUAAAGUUUUAAUACGAAGCCAUGAAAUAUUCGCUGCUGUACUUUUGUUUGCUGCAAGCAUCUCUUGUUUAUGGUGGGUAUCGACCCAGUUUCGUUUCUGACGAGAUGAUAGCCGUGGCAGCGAGUGUCGUGAACGUAUGUCAGGCCCAAACAGGCGUGGCCACAGCCGACAUCGAGGCAGUAAGAAAUGGACAUUGGCCGGAGACACAAUCGUUGAAGUGCUACAUGUAUUGUCUCUGGGAACAAUUUGGGUUGAUUGAUGAAAAGAGAGAAUUGAGCCUCAAUACCAUGUUGACAUUUUUCCAAAGAAUACCAGCUUACAGAGAGGAAGUUCAAGGAGCUGCCUUCAAGUGCAAGGCGAUCGGUAAAUACUUCGCGAACGGGGACAACUGCAAGUACGCUUAUACGUUCAACCAGUGUUACGCUGAAUUAUCACCGAGACGACGAGGCUUGAUAUCUUGUCCAAACACUCGAGACAAUUCUACAGCGAGGUUGGUACGCGCGAUUAGCAAAAUGAACAAAAUUGUGAUUUUGGUUUGUGCUCUCGCUCUGAUGGCAGUCGGGAUUAAGGGUGCAGCAGUUCCCGUUGAACUUCAAGAGUCUGGAAAAGUGGCUCGCAACAUUUGCCUCGAACAAACUGGCAUUUCAGUAGAUUUAAUCGAUAAAGCGAUCCUUGGGGAUUUCUCCGAAGAUGAAAACUUCAAAUGUUACUUCAAAUGUUUGCUCGAACAGUUCGGAGUGUUCGAAAAUGGGGUAAUUAAUUUCGACAUAAUGUUGGCGCUGGUACCAGAUUCGAUUAAAGAAACGGGCACGAAAGCGGUACAAGAUUGUCGUGGAACAACUGGCAAAGACAUGUGCGACCAGGCUUACAACUUAGAAAAAUGUUUCUACAAAAUAAACCCUGAGACAUUCUUCAUAAUCUAAAUGACGGGAUACGUCUCCGGUACAAGAAGUUAUGCGAAAAAACAAUGAGGAGUAAUGGCCAAACUUAAAAUGUAUUCGAAUAAAUAACAUUUCUGCAACUUA